AUGGGGCCCCAGGGCCGGUGGCGGCACGAGGACGGCGACGUAUACCGCCUGGCCAACGAGCCCAAGUUUAAGGAGAAGCUGGGCAAGAAGGUGCUUAUACUGGACAUUGACAGUCGUCCGUUGAAGGGCGAGGGGCAGCUCAUGAAUACGGAGCUUAAGUGGAAGGGCAUGCGACCGCUUUCUGCGGCGCAAAUCCACGGCUAUGACUACAAAUUCAUCCGCGCCCCUGACUACGCCGACCGCUGGGGCACCUGGGUCAAGGUGCCCAUGAUGAAGGAAGCGCUCAAAACGCACGAUUACAUUGUCUUUAUGGACUCGGAUGUCAUGUUCCACUACCCGCAUCUCCCGCUCGAGUGGCUCAUGAACUACUGGAACAUGACCGACGACACUCUCGCCAUGAUGUCCAUUGACCCCAACGAGCCGCAGAACUACGACGAGAAGGGCAAUCGGUACUUGAACACUGGUUUUGUCAUCGCCCGACAGAGCAAGCGUACACAGGAGAUGUACAAGGCAUGGGCGGAAUGUCCCUCUGAGAAACGCUACCCCGGCUGUGCAAGGUGGAAGCUCGACUGGGCGCACGAGCAAGCAGCAUUUGGAAACUACCUGCGCUACGAUUUCAACCGACCCGAGGACAUCCGCGUCCUGCCCUGCGUGGAGGCAAACGGCGCACCCGAAGCCGCCAACCGUGGUGGUUGCAAGGGUGUCUUUGUUCGACAUUUCUGGGUUGACAAAGGUCUCGUUGCUAAAAAUCUUGCGGAUCAGGUCAUGCAAUACUUUUUGCCAAGGCUGCAUCAGUUGUACCUUUCAACAUCCGCUGAGCACAUCGUUGAUGCAAAGGGCUACAGGCUCGAAGGCGCGGAUCUCAUUGAAAUGACUGAGGCUGAGAAGGAAGCCUUGGAGAAAGAGGCAGGAAAGAACCAGAAAGACGAGGGAUUCUAG